CCAAAUCUCACAAAAAACCAACCCCACAUCCUUGACUCUUUCUUUCUCUCGCCUUCCUUCGUCUGUUCUGGUUGAAAAACGGGUGAUGGAAAAUUAAAAAUCAAUUUGCAGUGACGAGUUUUGUGGGACGAUUUUACAACCUGAACAGCUUGAUCAUUUGUCAAAGGAGAAGCUUCUUGAAGUUAAUCUCUCUCUCUCUCUCUCUCUCUCUCUCUCUCUCUCUCAUGCAUUUUCUGAAACCAAAAUUACCGUUCUUUUUCUACCAAGCCUAUAUUUUCUUUGAUCCACGAGCAAUUAUAGUUGUGAUGGAAGAAAAACAGAGCUUAAUGACCUAGAGAGAGAAAGCGAUAGAGAGAGAAACAAAGAGAGAUUUCUGUCAAACGAGAAAAAAAAAUAAGAGAGCUUUAAAUGCGAGUUGGUUGAUGUGGUUUUCAUUUUCCCUUCUUCUCUUACGGACUAAGCAAUACACCUUUCCAUCCAUCUUCCCUUUAUAUACAAAUCUCUAUAUGUACACAUAUUUAUAUAGAGGCAGAUAUUCAAAGCUUUGAAAAGGGUUUUAAAUUCAUUCAUAUUUUUGCUUUAAACUCAACAAACAUUUAGCUACAAAUCCAAAAGCCUUGUUUUUCUUCUAUAAACGCAAACAGCAAUGGAUUUUAUUGCGCACCCAUCUCGUUUGCCUCCUUCCUAUUCGUUUUCGUUGGGGAAUUUCGUCGAACGGGUCAAGGAUUUCUGCAACUUCGCCGUCUCUGCGGUUCUCGGGAACGUUUUCUCUGCGAUCUUCACCUUCUUCUUUGCAUUAGUGGGCACCACGUUAGGAGCAAUGACUGGAGCUUUGAUAGGGCAAGAAACUGAGAGUGGAUUUGUAAGAGGAGCUGCAGUUGGAGCAAUAUCAGGAGCUGUUUUUUCAAUUGAAGUGUUUGAAUCUUCCCUUGUUCUUUGGAAAUCAGAUGAAUCAGGAAUUGGGUGUCUUCUGUAUUUGAUUGAUGUCAUUGCUAGUCUCCUAAGCGGUAGAUUAGUCCGUGAGCGGAUUGGCCCGGCCAUGUUAAGUGCAGUGCAAAGUCAGAUGGGUGCUGUGGAAUCAACCUUUGAUGAGAUCCCCAACAUCUUCGACACCGGUGGCUCCAAAGGGUUGCCCGGAGAUUCAGUUGAAAAGAUCCCGAAGAUCAAAAUUACCUGCCACAACAAUGUGGAUGCUUCUGGGGAGAAAGUCUCCUGUUCAGUUUGUCUUCAGGAUUUUCAGAUUGGAGAGACAGUAAGAAGCUUGCCACACUGCCAUCACAUGUUUCACCUGCCUUGUAUAGAUAAGUGGCUCCUAAGGCAUGGCUCAUGCCCUCUCUGCAGAAGGGAUCUGUGAAUCUGAUGAUCUUCUUGUAAAUUACCAUAUGAGUAAAAUGUUCUUUUAUUGACUGCACAAAUUUUGUACCCUUUUCAUCUGUAUUAUUAUUCACCAGGCUGCUCCAGUAGUUUCAUGCUAUACACUAUGAGUUCAUGUAUAAAUUUUUUUAUUUUGGUA